AUGUACCUUGUCAACCUGGCCGGAAACAGUUUGAUCAUCACAGUUGCCUGGACUGACCCCAAGCAGCGGACCCCCAUGUAUUUCCUGCUCAGCCAGCUCUCCUGCGUGGACAUGGCCUUUGCCUCCAUCACUGUCCCACAGUUCCUGGUCCACACUUUCUCCAAGCGUAAAGCCAUCCCUUAUGGCAGCUGCUUUGUACAGAUGACCUUUUCCCUGGCUGCGUGCAACAUAGAAGGCUACCUACUGGUUACCAUGGCCUUUGCCCACUAUGUGGCCAUCUGCAAGCAUCUGCACUGUGCACCAGCCAUGACCCACGAGCUCUGCGUGUGCUUGGUGGCUGGGUCCUGGGUUCUGGUGACCCUCCUCGGUGCCCUGCAUGGCAUCCGGUUGUCCCUGGGGUCCUACUGCAACAACUUUAUCCUGCACUUCUUCGAUGACAUCACCUUUCUGGUGUCACUUGCCUGCCCCAAGCCCUUUCUUAACGACCUGGUGCUUUUCACCGAGGGCAUCGGCGUGGUCAUCUCCCAUUGCCUCUUCAUCUUGGCCUCUUAUGCCUGUGUAGGGGCUGCCGUGCUAUGCCUGACCUCAGCUGCCGGGCUACACAAGGCCGUGUCCACCUGUGGCUAUCACGUGCUAGUGGUGACACUGUUCUAUGCCACGGUGAUACACCUGUGUUUCCAGCCCCCCGGCCACUCCAGCCUGGAACAACCGGCACAUUGCCAGCUUAAACUCGUGGUUUCUUCCAGCCCUCAGGCACAGAAGGCCGUGACCCAGAGAGGUCCAUCAGUGACCCAGGAGGGCCCUAGUUGA